AUGUUGCAAACAUGGUUGUUUCCACAGUUACAAGCGGAUAGUGAUGAUUUUGUUUUUCAACAAGAUGGAGCACCGCCGCACUGGAAGUUAGAAGUUCGCCGAAUCAAAGAUGCUGUUAAUGCCGUGACACCAGAUUUGAUCAGCAACGUUUGGGAAGAAUUUGAUUACCGUAUAGAUGUGUGUCGGGCGGCCGGUGGGGGUCAUAUUGAACAUUUGUAA